CUGCGCCUGAGGGAGUCCGCUCCGGGAUUUGGUGCUCUCUGCGGCAGUGUGUUUCUCAACCUCAAGUUCCAGGAUCUGGUCAGACGCCAUAUGGGAGCAGACGACUUUCAAUCGUUCUGCGACAAGAACCCAGGGGCUUGGGCUGUCGCACACAAGCAUUUCGAGGACUACGUGAAGCGCAACUUCGAUCCUGUGGACUCCGAGACCGAGUUCGACGACGGUCAGUUCAACGUUCCAUUUCCAGGCGUGAAAGACAAUCUUGCGGCUGGCAUUAUGGGAUCGUUCAUCACUCUCACCAACGCCGACGUCUCUGAGAUCUUCCGGCCGAUUGUCGACAAGGUGAUUGAACUGAUCGAGAGGCAACGCAACGUACUGGCUACUCACGGCAAGACUGCCAAGGGACUGAUAAUGGUUGGCGGCUUUGGAUUUUCUGGUUAUUUGUAUCGAUACUUAAAAUCUCGCUUUGCGGACGAGGACCCUCCGCCCGCAUACACUUCUUCCUGGACCGCGGUGGUCAGAGGCGCGGUAUUGGCAGGGCUCGAAAGAGACCUUGUGGUCAGCAGAAAGGCGAGACGUCACUACGGAGUGGUCUGCAGCGUAUCAUGGGAUCCCUCGAUCCAUCCACUCAAGAACAAGUUCAUCGACCGUAUCACGAAAGAGCUCAGAGCGAGAAACCAGAUGUUAUGGUACAUCGAGCGGGGGCAAGACAUGCCAAGUGACGAACCUAUCUUGCUCAGUCUUACGGAAGACCUUUGGCCAGGCGAGGAAUCUGGAUCCGAAAGCAGCGCGCGAAUCAUUGUCAGUGAUGCGGAGGUGCCUCCCCAGGAAUAUGAGCCCACCAAUGAGACGCGCGUUCUCUGCACACUGAGUACGGACCUGGAUGUAAUCCCCAGAAAGCACUUUAAAAGACGAAUGGUACACGGCCAGACAUACUAUCGCUUGGAUUGGAAGCUCGGCAUGACCUUUGACGGACGUCUGACCUUCGACCAGAGAAUCGAUGACAAGGUCUACGGCAGUAUCGAGGCAGUUUACACAUGA